AUGGUUAUGAUAAAAAGUUUAAUGGUAGAUUCUCCUAAUAUAGUCUUGUAUUUUAUAUUUUCAGAUGAUGGUGUAUUUUCAGGAUUCGAUGUUAAUGGUAAUCCAAUAGAGAAACUUUAUAGUCAGAUGAGAGAACGUCCCUUGAAUCAAGAAGCAAGCGCCUUCAAUAGCGGUAAUUCUGGUUAUAAAAGUUAUGGCGCCACCUCAAGUGAUAACACUUUAUCGAACCCCAUUAGUCCACAGGAGCCUUCACAUGCCACGGAGAAUAAAGCUAAGAUUGGAAACAAGAAAGGCAAACAAAAGAGGGAAGAGCCCGUUGUUUUAGCCGAAAACGUUGAAAAUUACCAAGGUCAUAAGGAUUUGGAGGAACUUGUUAAAUUUAUUGAACAGAAUGACAUUAAAGAAAAUCAAGUGAAAAAAUCCAAUGGUUCAUCGGAUGUCAAACUUAACGAUAAAUUGGUGAAAAAAGCCAAGGACAAGAAAAGCAAACAGACAGUUGGCAUUGUUCCUAGUGUUCCUAAACCUGGUGAUCACAUUGUUAUUGAUAUUGAACUAGAGUUACCUCCCCCUCCCACUGAUGUCAUGGGAAAUUCGAGUGAGAAAUUGCCCCCAAAUGAUGAAAUACCUAAUGAGAAGAUAGAGAAAAAUGUCAAACCACAAGAUUGUGAAAAAUCUGUUACUCAGAAGAAUAAAGCUUUCAUAGAAAAUGAUGUAAAAAGCAAAAAUAAAACCAGCACUAAAAAUGAAACUACACCUAGUGAUAAGAAACCUAAAAACACUACACCUGGCAAGAAGGAGGUGAAAGAAGCCAAAGUGAAUGGUUUCAAUCAUGGGAUAGAGAGUUUAGAUGCUGGAGUUACAAAGGAGCAUGAUAAAAAAGUGAAGGAGAGUACUAAGAAAACUAGUGCUGCUAAUAAAACCCCGGAAUCAGUGAACGACAAGAAAAAAGCAAACAAGUUGCAAAUAGAUACAGUAACAAAUGAUAAACAGAUGGUAAAUUGUUCCAAAUCCCCUGGUGAAAUCAAAUCACCCCUACCUACCUCGCCUGUGUCCACAAAGAGUGAAGCGAAUGAUUUCGACAGUGGAAAUUAUAUUUUUACAGAUAUCCCUGUCUCCCAUGUGGAACCCGAAUUUACCAUAGUGAAUAAAAAGAAAAAGAAACCAAUCGCCCAUGUUAUACAAUCUAAAGACCAAUUGCCAUUUAUGGCUGGUAUCUCACGUGAAUUUCCAGUGACUAGACCAAAAUAUCGCGAAAAUUAUUCUCAAUCUGUGCCUCGUUCCGUUACACCCCCUCCCACAAAGUCGAGGGAUAAAAGUCAAGAUUUCAGCCUUUCUGCAUUCCCUGCUCUUAGUAAUAGUUUAGUUUCAAAGGACAAAUCUAAUCCAUUGGAAGCACGGCGUAGUUCUAUAGGUGACUUGCCACUAGCAGGAGAAACUAGUUCUCUAGAUGACAGUGAUAUUGCUUCAGUUAGAUCAUUACCUGCUGCUCAGGCUGGCAGACUUUUAGAACUAGCCUCUUCUAGAUUCCAGAAAUCUUAUGCAAAUAUAGCUGCAAGUUCUAAACCAGUUGGCCAAAGUUCACCUGAUACAUCUUACGAGGAAUGUAGCGGGGAGUCUCCUGAAAAACCAAAGCAAACUGUUUGGAAGGGAAGUCUAACUGAACGUCGUCAUUCAAUCGGUUCUAGUCCAGAUGAUGGGAAGUUACUUGAAAGCUCUAGUGGUUUGACUGACAGUUCUCGCCAAAAGAGUGGAAGCCAAGAAGUGAUAAAAACUGAAAAUAAUCCCACUUCUAAAACCAGUGAUACUGCUAAUAUCAAUUUAAGUCCGUCGUCGGGUGUUUCUAAGCAAAAACCUUAUCACCAGGAUAUUGAGAAUAGUAAAAACCAAAUGUGUGAUAAACUUGUGAACACUGAAACAGAGACUACUAAUGUUAGAGAGGGUAGUGUACCACACCAGCCAGCAGAACCUAAUAAUCAGUCUGAAUUAUCUCAAUCUACUAUGUCAUCAUCUUCAGUUAGUCCGAGUAAAUAUGAUUUACCUAUACAACCUUUUGAUGUUUCACGAUUUGACAGGAAAUCUACCAACAAAACAACUGCCUCAAGUUCUGCUCACGCUGUGGUAAAUCGUAGUCCUGUAUCGUUUACAGGUAAUAGUGUUGUGAACAUGAGACAAAGUCCUGGUCGUAAUGAACAGGUUGAGACUAGUGUUUCUAGUGUUAAUAUCAAAAGUUCCAGUCCACUCUCUUCUAAUGAUAUGCGAUCUCAAAGUGUCGUUAGUUUAAAAUCAGUGAAAAAUAAGACUCUAGUUCCUAAAAUUCCCACAAAUGGCCGAAAAAAUAAGUCUGUGGUCUUCCUUGACAAGCGUGAUGUUCCUUCCAACCUUGAUAUUACAUUUGGUUUUGAUGACAUUACUGAAUCAAGGCCAACUUUGACUAAUAAUAUAGAGAAUAUGUCUGCUAAAAAUAAUACAACUAGUGUAAAAAAUAAAAGUACUCCUAAGAAUGACCCUGAGGUCGUUUCAACCAAUGUGUCUGUUAGUCAACCAAAUAACAGAAAUAGAGAAACUGUUACUACACCAACUUAUGUUGUUAACCCUAGUGAUUUACAACCAGGCCAUGUUUUUACUCAAACUUUACUGGAGAACGAUAAACAAGGUGGCCAAUUUGUGCCAAAUUACAACACUGUCAAAUCAUUAAAAGAUCAUGUGAACCUCUUAAAUGGUGUAGUGAAAAAUGUAGGCCAGAGAGUUGGCAAUCAACAACAAACAUUGACAAACGAAACACCAAACGGAAAUCGUUCAACUGUUAGCACUCUUCAAACAAAUCCAAAUGAAGGUAAUGUCCCAAUAUCUCAUGACAAUCAGCCUAUUGUUGGGAAGGAAAAAAUCAUGUGUAGCCCAGUAGUAGAAAAUAAUGGCCCAUCUUCUACUGUGGUUGUAGAGGAUAAGAAAAUGGUGAUUUAUUAUGGUGAUGCUAUGGUAAAUAAUGAUGAUUGUGUACAUAGUGGAGGUGACAAUAAUACCAAAUCUAUUCAAUUUGUAUUCUCUUCUAAAAAUAUCAAUUGUGGAAAGUUUAAUCAUAAUGAAGCUGUUACACAGUUGAAGAAAGAAUGGGAUAGAGUUAUGGAAUUAAAGUCAAAAACUGUCCCUAUAUCCUCGUUGUCAUUAGGACGCUAUGAAGUGAUCUGUUGUCAGUCUGGACGUGAUAAAAUCACAAGAACAGUUCCAUAA